AUGGGAAAGCAAAGUCAAACGACGGCUGCUGUGAAACCGAAAGUGGCUAGAAGAUACCAAACUUCUGGUAAGGAACCUGCGAUAAUCAUGAAGGAAGCCACUGCAUUAUGGUGGGCUGAAGCAACGCCGUCGAAAAGCAAUAUUUUCUCAGUUGCUGAUAAAGCUACAAAAUCGAAUUUCACCCAGAUGAUUUGGGGAAAAUCUACGAAAGUUGGAUGUUCUAUCAAACAAACUUGUAACGAAGACAAUAGAUUACAUUCUCCGUUUUAUGUUGAUUACGUUGUUUGCCUCUUCAAAGAAAGUGGAAAUAAAGUCGGUGAACCAAUCUAUGACAUUGGCAAUGGAUGCAACAGUGACAACGAUUGUACUGCAUUUAGCAAUUCGCGCUGUGAUAGAAGCACAAGUCUUUGCGAACUCGGCAACAAGAUUGGCGAGGACGUUUACGAGACCGGUCUUGGUUGUUCAUCGGAUUCAGAGUGCACGCAGAUCCCCAAUUCAAAGUGCAACACAGAUAGAAAAUUGUGCGUUGCAGCGUAA